CACAGGUGAGAGGGUAGUGUAACAGAUUUUACACCUCGGACAUCACUGAAUCAUCACACAUGGCUUACAGAGGCAGUGUGAAACCCUUUGUGCACUUCAAUGCCAAGCAGGAUGCCGAUAUCUUACGAAAAGCCAUGAAAGGAAUCGGCACUGAUGAAGACACCAUCCUCAUGCUCUUACCCGCCCGGAACAAUGACCAGAGACAAGAGAUCAAGGCGGCGUAUAAGAAAGCGCAUGGCAAAGACCUGGUGAAAGAACUGAAGUCAGAGCUGGGAGGGAAGUUAGAGGACCUGAUCAUGGCUCUGAUGCAUCCCCCUCGUGUGUAUGAUGCAGAUCUGCUCCAUAAGGCCAUCAAGGGAGCAGGUACUGAUGAUAAAGUUCUGAUCGAGAUCCUGGCCUCCAGAACACCUGAGCAGAUAAAGGAGAUCAUCAAGAUAUACAAGAAAGAGCAUGGAGGCAAGCUGGAGAAGGACAUCAUGGGAGAUACGUCUGGACAUUACCAGAGGUUGCUGCUUAUGCUUUUACAGGGAGAGAGGGAGGAGGGAGUGGAUGAAAGCCGAGUAGAGAAAGACGCCAAGGAAUUGUUUGCCGCCGGUGCGAAGAAAGCUGGCACAGAUGAAGAAAAGUUCGUCCAGAUCCUGGGCAAUAGGAGCAUCGAGCACCUGAGGCAAGUGUUCGAUGUGUAUAAAAAGAUAGCCGGUUGUGACAUCGAAGAAAGCAUUUGCGGGGAGUUUACUGGCAACCUUGAGGCAUUGCUCAUAGCAGUGGUGAAAUGUGUGAAAAGUGUCCCAGGAUAUUUUGCUUACUGCCUACGUGACUCUAUGAGGCGUGCCGGCACCGAUGACGAGACUCUGAUCAGGAUCUUGGUGUCCAGGAGUGAGGAGGACAUGCUGGACAUCAGAGCCCAGUACAAGAAGAUGUAUGGAGAAUCAUUGUACCGUACCAUACAGGAUGACACUGAUGGAGAUUAUGGAAAAGCCCUGCUAUACCUCUGUGGUGGAGAUGAUUAAUUCUCACUUUUAUUUAUUAACAUAUUUUUUGCUUAGAUCUGCUCAUUAUUCAUAUUUAUCAUCUCUGUCAUUCUUAGCCAUAGGUAAACUAUUUUAUAUGUUUUAUAUGUAUACAAAACUGUUUCCACUCUCAUGUCUACUUUGUAUUUUAAUCUUUAAGUGUGUUUAAUGUGUUCAUGAUUCAGUAAUGCAGUAAUUCAGUGGUUGUAGAACUUACCAGCAUGGAGGUACCAGAAUCUUCACCAGAGUAGUACAAGUGACUUAGUGAUAUCGUGUGAUGACAUAUUUAUUGAUUUUGAAAUAAACCUUUUUCCCCCCCA